UUCUUUAAUUGAGGAUUAAAUCUGAAAGCAUGAAGACAGGUUUAGUUUUUGUUUUUGUUCUUGUCGGAGCAGUUUCGGGAUUUCGAGGAAACUUUAGAGAUUAUUACAGGCAAAAAUGUAGCAAGGAAUCUUGGGAUGAUAUCUGGAGAUCAACAGGAACAGUUCCCAAUAAACUCAAUCAGGUUCCCGAUGAGCCUUUAUACAUGGCAACUGCUACUGGUACCAAGAUAUUUCCAAACCAAACCCUAGACACAGAACAGUUGUUGAAAAGACCUUACUUCAAGUGGAAUGCUGAUCCCGAUGCGUUGUAUACACUACUCAUUGAAGAUAAUGAUAUCGUUCUUCGACCGAUCAAGUAUGCUCAUUGGUUGGUUACAAAUAUACCAGGGUCGAAUGUAUAUGGUGGAGACGAGGUGCUAGAAUAUAUCCCAUCCUUCUAUCUGAAUAUACUGGAGAAUGGAGAACUAGAAACUAGAGUAACUAUUACCAACAGGCAUCUUGUACUUGUGUACAAACAGCCGGGGCGGAUAAAUGUAAGUACUAUUUGAUAAAUUAAUUAAUUAUG